ACCAGACGAUCGCCGACCGUCGAAGGCGACAGUUGUGGUUGUGUUUAUUGGUUGUUCGUGACUCGAUCUCGUCUCGUCUCGACUCGUCUCGUGUCAGCUGAUGGCACAUGUUGCUGCCUUUUGCUGUUGACCGCGUUCGAUCAUUUUGUCAUCGCAUUUUUAUAUAAGCAAAGAGCCAAAAAAUAAGAAAAUAAAAACUUUAUUCGCGUUUAUUUUCGGCAAGUCUUGCGCCCAGAAAACUGUGUGUGGAUAGUGGCCAAUUUGUGUGAGAAGAAUUCAAAAUUGUGAGUGCAUAUUACCGAAGAACGUUCUUCUUCAGUGUCUUCUGCACGACAAUAUGAAUUCCAAAUAUGAGAACAUGAAGAUCAUCUACAAUCGCAGCAAAAUCGGCUGGUAUUGGGCACCUCUCUUUGUCGCCUUCUGGUUUCUGCUGUACUAUUUGGUUGUGAUGCCCAGUUUCCAUAGCAUGCCCCCGCUUAAGACUCUCGAUGAUGAACUGAGCCAACCGGGAGAAUUUAUUGGUGAACGUGCCGAGAGCACAUUGCUCAAACUGACAAAGAUCGGACCCAAAGUUGUGGGAAGUGCGGCCAAUGAGCAAGUUGCUGUACAGUUUCUUCUCAGCGAGAUCAGCGAUAUCAUUGAUGACUCUCGGGAUGAUCUGUAUGACAUUGAGAAGGAUGUGCAGAUUGCCUCUGGCAAUUAUCUGCUCUGGUCCAUGGUGAAUGUGUAUCAGAGUGUGCAGAAUGUUGUGGUCAAAGUCUCACCCAAAAAUGCCACAAGCUCGGCAGCUCUGUUGAUCAACAGCCACUUUGACUCUGUGCCUGGCAGCUCAGGAGCUGGAGAUUCGGGCAUGAUGUGUGUGAUCAUGUUGGAAGUGCUGCGUGUGAUAACCAAGCAUGAAACCCCACUCACCUAUUCGCUCAUCUUUCUCUUCAAUGGCGCCGAGGAGAAUCCAUUGCAGGGUUCCCAUGCGUUUAUUACUCAACAUCCUUGGGCACCUAAUGUGCGUGCUGUGGUUAAUCUGGAUUCAGCUGGCAGUGGUGGGCGAGAGAUUCUCUUUCAGUCUGGACCCGAUCACCCGUGGCUAAUGAAGUACUAUGGAAAUCACGCAGCUCAUCCUUUUGCCUCAACUAUUGGUGAGGAACUGUUUCAGAAUGGUUUCAUUCCUUCGGAAACCGAUUAUCGCAUUUUCCGUGACUUUGGCAAAAUUCCCGGUCUCGAUAUGGCGCAUGUUUCCAACGGUUAUGUAUACCAUACAAAAUUCGAUCGUUUUAAUAUUAUACCAAGACGUACUUAUCAAUUAACUGGUGACAAUCUGUUGGCCAUAGUCAAGGCAUUGGGCAAUGCGCCUGAAUUGGAAGAUCCUGCAAAAUACGCUGAAGGUCACAUGAUCUUCUUCGAUGUGCUGGGCUGGUUUUUCAUCUAUUAUCCCGAAGAUGUCGGUUUCAUUAUCAACAUUUGUAUUUGCGCUCUAGUUCCCAUUACAAUUGUAGCCUACAUUUGGAGCAUGGCCAGCAAUACGGGCAUGUUUAGACGUCGCAUCUUUGCCAAGUUUGGCAUCUUGGCUGCGAUUCAAUUAUGCGGCGUUGUUCUCAGUAUGGGCCUGGCCAUUGCCAUAGCCUUUUUCCUGGACGCUGUUGGUUUGUCAAUGUCCUGGUUCUCACAAACGUGGAUGAUAUUUGGUUUGUACUUCUGCCCAAUGUUCUUUGGACUCGGAAUUUUGCCGGCCAUUUACUUUAGUCGCACAAAGGAGCAUGGACUACCUUUGGGAUAUGGCAUUCAGUUGUUGAUGCACUCGCAUUGCCUGAUUCUGACUUUGCUCAUGGUAGUUAUGCUCUGUUACAAUGUUCGGUCCGCCUUCAUUUUGCUCAUCUGUAUUUGCUUUUACACGAUCUCCGUGCUCAUCAACAUGGCCACAUGUGCCCAUAAAACAAACUUCUUGUGGCUGAUUCCCCAUUGCAUUUGCCAAAUCCUGCCCUUCAUGUUCUAUGCCUAUUGUUGCUAUGCAUUCUACAUUGUCUUCACUCCAAUGCAAGGACGCGAGAGUAGUUCGAAUCCUGAAUUAUUGAUUGGAGGCUACACAGCGGUGUUCUGCCUCUUGUUGUCGCCAUUCCUAGUGCCCUUACUUUGCUUGUUCCGCAAAUCAAAGACCAUCAUCUCACUGUUUGGUGUCUGCACAGUGAUCUUCAUCAUCUUGGCUGCCACGCCAGUCGGUUUCCCUUAUGUGGAAAAGACAGCAGUGCAGCGAUUCUUCUCUGUGCACACUGCACGUACUUUCCACAAUGGAGAUGCUGCUGCCUCAGUGAAUCACACGGAUUCUGGUUAUUACGUGAUGCCUGUGGAUCGUCAUCCCAAAUCACUGGACAACAUUCUCUUCGAGAAUACCGAAUACAGCCGAGCGAAUCGCAGUGAAUGCGAUACGGAAAUCAUGUGCGGAUUCCCCCUUUACAGCACACGCUGGGUGAAGGCAAUGCCAAAUGGCUUCUGGAUACCUGGUCCUGAGCCCAACAAAUACUAUUUGCCUGAGUUGACAAUCAUUAGCAAGGAGAGCACUUCGGAUACCAAUAUAAUAUUCACUUUAGAGAUCACUGGACCGGAUCACACAAGCAUAUUCAUUCAGCCAUUGGAUGAUGCCAAGCUGGUUGACUGGACAUUCACAAGGGAGCCAUUAGAUAUGGGUUUGCCGCCGCCUCACUACAUCUAUUGGUCAUAUGCACUAGAUCCCACGCCAUUGCGCUUCAAUCUGGAAUUUGAGCGUGAGAGUCCCGAUUGGUCGGGAUCUACAUUCAGAAUGGCAGUAAUGGGUCACAGAAUACACGAUGACAUGUAUAUAGAGGAGGAUUACCGAGAGUUCCUGGCCAAGUUUCCAUCUUGGGCACAUGUGAACGGCUGGAUUGGUUCCUACACCAGUUGGCAGCUCUAAGAGCUGCCGCAAAUGUUUGACAUUUGAUAUUAUCACUCACUUCCCAGUAUCCACUAUUCACUCAGUACUCAUAUUUUGUGAAGGUUUGCCAUGAUAUCUGGACUGAACUGUUGUUAAAUGUUUCAUUCUCAGUGCAGAGAUUUUUUAUCGAUCGAACAAAGUGUUUUAUCUAACACAAAAAACACACGUCAUAUUAUUGUAUUAAUGAUCUAGAAUUAUAAAUUACAACUAUUGCGAAAAUCCAAAACAAAAUUAAAAUUAAUGAAUUUGUAUUAAAAAUAUAUAUUUUAAAUUUAUUUAUUAAGUCACAAUAGCUGUUUGUUUAUUCAUUUCUAAAAUAUCCAGCUCUCGUAAGAGGCUAACCAGUCAGUUGUAUAUGACCAAUCUGGGAAUGUGUCCAGGAAAUCCUUAAAGUCUGAUGUAUAGUACUCUGGGUGAUAGAGGAAGUGAACGAUCACUGACAUCUUGAAGUAAGGUCCAUCUAUAUUUUCAGCAUCAUGCUCAAACUCAAGCCAGAAGUUGAAGGGUGUCGUGACCAUGGAGGAUACAUGGUUUAUAAAGUAGGGAGGCGAACGCCCAUCCAACAAGACGGUAUCAUCCACGGACCAAUUGGUGAUUUUUACAUUUGGCUUUGGAUCAAUGAAGAUCACAAUGCGAUCGCCCGACUUUAUAUUGUACUCGUAACGUUUCCUCGUAGCAUUUAUGGACUGCUUCGAAACGUCUGUUAGCUCUGUAGUCACAGGAAACACUGGGGCAGUGCUGUAUAUCCAGAGUGCACUGUCCCUGAAAAAUGCGGAAAAAGGAUCAGCACAUUCGACUUUCUUGUGCUGCAUCUUAACUUACUUCCAAUUCAGCCAACGUCCGUUGUAAAGCGGCAAUCCACAAUAAGGUUCCGAGGCACAGUUGUUUGUGAGCCAGCUUUCGGGUUCCACGUCCUUCAAUGUUGUAUCAUAUAGUUCGGAGUAACGAGUUUCCACGGGUUGAAUAUAAAAUCCAGAAUCUCGAGUUGUCGUACUAUCCUCAUUGUGUAGCACUCGUUCAGUGUGCUUAAUAAAAUAUAUGAAUUUAAUACAAAUUUUCAAUAUUAAGAAUACAAUACUCUACCAGCACAUAAUAUCUCUGAGUGGCAACCUCCGCCUUAAAAGGAAAGCCAGCUGGAGUGGCAGCCAGGAUGAUGAAUAUGAUGGUUAUGACGCCAAACAUAGAAAUAAAGAUCUUCGAUUUACGGAACUUAAACAGAAUUGGUAU